CGGCGACGACAGCUUCUCCUCAGAGCCCCUGUGAUUACGUCAAAUGAGCAGCUUGGGGAACGAAUGGCGUUCGAGUGGAGAAACCGUUUGGGCCGUUAACGGACGCUGCGCGCGGACGAACGCAGAAAGGGCAGUUGGUACCGUAUUUUAACAAUAUCUGAAUUAUGAAGAAAGGCUCUAAGCAGACAACUUCCAGAAGAAACAAGCAGACUGUUGCCAGUACUCCCUGUAAGAAAUUGUCCAUUCAACCCUCUGAGCAGAAGAUAAAAACAUGCCAAAGAGAUUUUGUGCAGCUGUUCCCGCUAGAAGUCAGCUUAAAAGUUUUUAGUGAACUUGACAUUCAGAGUUUAUGCAAUGCUACAAUGACUUGCAGAAGCUGGAAUCAGACCAUUGAGAACUGUGAUGAUUUAUGGAAACAUCAUUGCUUGACUGUAAGGGCUGUCUGUCAACGAGAGAUUGACGACGACAGAGGAAACGGUUAUUCAUGGAAGGUCACGCUCCUGAGAAACUACUGGAAAAGCAAGGUGAAGUAUGAAUGGCUGAGUGGGAAAUAUAGCAAUAUUCAUUCCCGUGUUGCCUUGCCAGAAAAGAGCAUGUAUCCCAUGGAUGUGGACACCUGGGGAGAAAUCCUGGAAGCCGAACUGGAAAGAUAAGACGCCCAAAUAAGAAUCUGGCACAGAAGGAACUAUCAAUGAACUCAUCUGCAGAAAAGAGUGUUGUAUAUAUAAUUGUGGCAACUUUACACAUUGCUGUUGUUUUGUUUUGAACUUUCAGAGCUGCUGUUAUUUAAUUGUUUAUUUUAAAGUUUGAAACACAGUGUGUGUGUGUGUGUGUUUGGACUACUCUCUCAAAAUGCACUUUGCAAAUUAUGUCAAAACAUGUUUGAAAGCAAGAAUGUUAUUAUAUUCUGCCUUAACCUGUUGCAGGAAUUAGCUGGAAGGGAAGCUUAGGAUGACAUAGUAAUGAAAAGAAAAGGAACAUGCAUGCUACAUGAAUAAAGUCAUCAGA